AUGGGAAUCGACCUCUAUGAGAUCUUGCUGCCGCUCGCGCGGACAACUUGGCUGGGUCUUCACAUGAAGAAAUGGUUUCUCAAGGCAGGCGUCUACUUGCACGAUUUUGGCGCGAUGGUUGAGAUCAUGGUCAGCUACUUCAAGAAGAUUGGCAUCUCCGAUGAAGACGUGGCCCAACUCGCCCAGCGAAAGCAGUGCUUCUUAGGUGUGACGCAGUGCUUCCCGCUGAAGCAUAGCUGCAUCAGCACGCCGGCGAACUUGCACGAUCUUGUGUCGCUGCUCCUCUCCUCCAUGAGCGUCGUCCCUUUCUUCCGGACGCCUGGGGUUUUUCAAGGUAAGUACUACGUGGACGGCGGCUUUUCAGCGAUGUACUCGGUGCCCGAGGGCCAGCGCUGGGAUGAGGUCAUCAAGGUGACUUGCUUCCCGUGGUGGACCACGUUGCUGCCUCCUGCCAUGGGUGUGGCUGAUGUUCAGCCAAGCAGGUUCAUGCCCACGGAG